CGCAACAUUCACAGCAAACUGCACUGUAGUCUGCAUCCGCUCAGUAGUCUCUUUAUUGCCUCCGACACAGAGGUCUUUGUGGGCUCGCGCACAAACGACUAUGACGUCUACAUUACCAUGGAACCGUUUGUGGAGAAGGUAGAAGCCUUCGAAACCGUCAAGAAGAUGAUAAAAUGGAUAAACAGCCGGAAACAACGACUCUUUAUUCUCUACUCGCCCACGUUUUGA